CAGCCCCGCAGCAUUCAUUCCCAAUCCGGGUCCCUAAAUUUGGGCCCGAGGCUGCGGUAGCCCUGGCCAGGCCGCACCCCGGGCUUGCUCUUCUCUCCUUUAGCACCUCGGUCGGGGAUAACCCGCGCCUGCCCUCGCCGCCUCUGCCCAGCUCCACUUUCACUUUCGGUCGGGGCGGCGAGGCUGUCGGCGGUGAAGAUCUCCUCCGGAUCGUCAAGAAAGGGCAUCAAGUCGGGCGGUCUCAACGGACGAUCACCAAAAAUCUCCACCAGACGUCUGUGCUUUCCUGGAGAAGGACAUUCAACUCCCAACGAGGCGAGGGUCGAGCCACCACGUUGGGCACCAGUUGCCCCAGCCAGCGGGGUAAUUUGAGCAAAGAGAUGGUGCCUCUCAAACAGCCGAUGGCAAGCAUGCCCUUUCUACUUUCCUUACUAUUGACUUUUUUAACUGUGUCAUCUACUUCUUGGUGUCAGAGCAGUGAUACAGCAUCUGCAAAAGCAAGUAAUGGCGCCCCAUUCCCUUGGAAUAACAUUCGACUCCCUGAGCAUAUCAUUCCACUUCAUUAUGAUCUCAUGAUCCAUGCAAACCUCAGCACUCUGACCUUCUGGGGAACAACAGAAGUAGAAAUCAGAGCCAGUCAGCCCACCAGCACCAUUAUCAUGCAUAGUCACCAGCUGCAAAUAUCUAAGGCCACCCUCCGGAGAGGAGCUGAAGACAGGCUGUCUGAAGAACUGCUGAGUGUCCUGGAGUAUCCUGCUCAUGAGCAAGUUGCACUGCUGUCUCCCCAGCCACUCCUUGCUGGACCCCUGUACACAGUUAUUAUCAACUAUGCUGGAAACCUGUCUGAAAGCUUCCAUGGAUUUUAUAAAAGCACCUACAGAACCCAGGAAGGGGAAAUGAGAAUACUUGCAUCAACACAGUUUGAACCCACAGCUGCUAGAAUGGCCUUUCCCUGCUUUGAUGAGCCUGCAUUCAAGGCAAGUUUUUCCAUCAAGAUAAGGAGGGAUCCAAGGCACCUGGCCAUCUCCAACAUGCCCUUGGUGAAAUCUGUGAAUGUUGCCGAAGGACUCAUAGAAGACCAUUUUGACGUCACUGUGAAGAUGAGCACUUACUUGGUGGCCUUCAUUAUUUCUGACUUUAAAUCUGUGAGCAAGAUGACUAAGAGUGGAGUCAAGGUCUCUGUGUAUGCUGUGCCAGACAAGAUAAACCAAGCAGAUUAUGCUUUGGAUGCUGCAGUGACUCUUCUAGAAUUUUAUGAGGAUUAUUUCAGCAUUCCAUAUCCUUUGCCCAAGCAAGAUCUUGCUGCAAUUCCUGACUUUCAGUCUGGUGCUAUGGAGAACUGGGGCCUGACAACAUACAGAGAAUCCUCUCUGUUAUAUGAUAAGGAAAAGUCUUCUGCAUCCAGUAAGCUUGGCAUCACAAUGAUUGUGUCCCAUGAACUCGCUCACCAGUGGUUCGGCAAUCUGGUCACCAUGGAAUGGUGGAAUGAUCUUUGGCUCAAUGAAGGAUUUGCCAAGUUCAUGGAGUUUGUGUCUGUCACUGUGACCCAUCCUGAACUAAAAGUUGAAGAGCAUUUCUUUGGCAAGUGUUUUGAUGCAAUGGAAGUCGAUUCAUUCAACUCCUCACACCCUGUGUCCACACCUGUGGAGAAUCCUGCACAGAUUCGGGAGAUGUUUGAUGAUGUUUCUUAUGAAAAGGGGGCUUGCAUUCUGAAUAUGCUAAGAGAUUAUCUGAGCGCAGAUACGUUUAAAAGAGGAAUUGUGCAAUAUCUCCAGAAGUAUAGUUAUAAAAACACAAAAAAUGAGGACCUUUGGAAUAGCAUGGCAAGUAUUUGCCCCACAGAUGGCACACAAACAAUGGAUGGCUUCUGCUCUAGAAGCCGUCACUCAGCACCAACCUCACACUGGCUUCAGGAAGGCGUAGAUGUGAAGACCAUGAUGAACACGUGGACACUGCAGAAGGGCUUUCCCCUGAUAACCAUCACUGUAAGAGGGCGGAAUGUGCACAUGAAGCAAGAACACUAUAUGAAGGGUUCUGAAAGCAUCUCAGAGACUGGGUAUCUGUGGCAUGUUCCCCUGACAUUCAUUACCAGCAGAUCAGACUCAGUCCAGAGGUUUUUGCUGAAGACAAAGACAGAUGUGCUCAUCCUCCCAGAAGCAGUGGAGUGGAUCAAAUUUAAUGUGGGAAUGAAUGGCUAUUACAUUGUUCAUUACGAGGAUAAUGGAUGGGAUUCUCUGAGUGGCCUUUUAAAAGCAGCACACACAACGAUCAGCAGUAAUGACCGGGCAAGUCUCAUCAACAACGCAUUUCAGCUUGUCAGCAUUGGAAAGUUAUCGAUUGAAAAAGCCCUGGAUUUAACUCUGUACUUGAAAAAUGAAACAGAAAUUAUGCCUGUAUUCCAAGGUCUGAAUGAACUGAUACCCAUGUAUAAGUUAAUGGAGAAGAGAGAUAUGAGUGAGGUAGAAACUCAAUUCAAGGCCUUCCUCCUCAGGCUGCUGAAGGACCUUAUUGAUAAGCAGACAUGGACAGACAAGGGCUCUGUCUCAGAGAGGAUGCUCAGGAGUCAGCUCCUCCUCCUUGCUUGUGUGCGCAAGUAUCAGCCCUGUGUGCAGAGAGCAGAGGGCUAUUUCAGAGAGUGGAAGGCAUCCAAUGGAAACAUGAGCCUCCCUAUUGAUGUGACCAUGGCAGUGUUUGCUGUGGGGGCCCAGAACACAGAAGGCUGGGAUUUUCUUUAUAGUAAAUAUCAGUCGUCUUUGUCUAGUACGGAGAAAAGCCAAAUUGAAUUUGCCCUCUGCACAAGCCAAGACCCAGAAAAGCUUCAGUGGCUUCUAGACCAAAGUUUUAAGGGAGAGAUAAUAAAAACUCAGGAAUUUCCACAUAUUCUCAUACUCAUUGGCAGAAACCCAGUGGGUUAUCCAUUGGCCUGGAGGUUUCUGAGGGAAAAUUGGAAUAAACUUGUACAAAAGUUUGAACUUGGCUCACCGACCAUAGCUCACAUGGUAACGGGAACAACAGACCAGUUUUCUACCAGAGCUCGCCUUGAAGAGGUAAAAGAAUUCUUCAUGUCCUUGAAAGAAAAUGGUUCUCAGCUCCGUUGUGUUCAACAAACUGUUGAGACCAUUGAGGAAAACAUACGAUGGAUGGAUAAGAAUUUUGAAAAAAUCAGACUAUGGCUGCAAAAACAAAAGCUGGAAAUAUAACAGUUUGUUUCUUACCAAGUUCCUGUGAUUUGUAAUCAACAAAAUUUUGUUCAAUUUGAGUAUUUUCAAACUAAAGAUAGUUGUUUUGGCUCCCACUGAA